AUGCGCAGUAUACGAUACUCAUAUCCACUACUCUCUAAUCCCUCUUGCCUUUUCCUGCUCCUUUUCUUCUCUCCGUCUUUCUUCGAUGAGAAGGAACAUUCUACCGGAUCGCUGCUCUCCAUCAUUUCCUCGAGUACGGAAGAACUCACCGGCCUUGGCGGUCCGGUGAUGGGCGGAACGCUCACUUUUACCUCCACAAUAGUUGGAGGUAUCAUUCUCUCCCUCGCUGUCGGCUGGAAACUAGCAUUAGUCUGUACCACUACAAUACCAAUCAUCGUGGCUUGUGGCUGGCUCCGUCUCCAAAUUCUUGCUGUCUUCGACGCCAAGACAAGGCAGGACGGGAGGGAUUCAGCAUCGUAUGCCAGUGAGUUGGUUAAGUCGGUCGAAACUGUCGCUUCUCUUGGUCUAGAGGAGUUUGUCUUAAACAUAUAUGAUGAGUUCCUAGCGCAGCAGUCAGCACAAUCUUUGCGCUCCAUACUCACUGCAUCAGCCUGCUCGCAGAUCGCUGGGUCGAUAUUCACAUUCGCGCCUGAUGCGAGCAAGGCAAUGCACGCUGCUUGGGAGGUGAAGGGAAUACUCGAGCGGAAGCCUCUAAUCAGUCCUAAUCAUAACGGUGGUGACCCUGACGGUGACCUAAGCGGACGAGGUGUAGAGCACGGCACCAUUGAGUUCAAGAACGUCAGUUUCAGUUAUCCUUCUCGGCCUCAACGACUUGCCCUGGAUGACUUCAGCCUCAAGGUUGAGCCAGGCCAGAGUGUUGCUCUUGUUGGGGGAAGCGGUUCCGGCAAGAGCACUGUUUUUGCCCUCGCCGAGCGCUUCUAUGAUCCGAACCGGGGAUCGGUGCUUGCUGGUGGACAUGACAUCUCAAAGCUUAACCUUAGGCAAUAUCGACAGAUCAUAUCGCUCGUUAGUCAAGAAGCAGUUCUGUAUUCGGUAUCGAUUAGGGAGAACAUUGCGCUAGGUAUGUCAGACCAAAAUGUUCCCGAUGAGGCCACAUGGGCAGCCUGCAAGCAGGCAAACAUCCACGACUUCGUCGCUUCCCUUCAAGACGGUCUCUCUACGCUUUUUGGCCCAAGUGGCAGCAUGCUUAGCGGCGGGCAGAAGCAGCGUAUUGCCAUAGAAAGAGCGCUGUUGCGGCAGCCCAAGAUCCUGCUGCUGGACGAGGCGACGUCGGCGCUGGAUACGGAAAGCGAAAGGCUGAUCCAAGCAGCCCUUGAGGACGCAGCGGAAGAUAAAACUACCGUGCUGAGGUCUCGACGGAUGAAAGGAGACAUGUAG